AUGGAGAAACCAAAACAAAAGCUCACCCAGGUGACGGUCAACUUCUUCUUGAAGACGUCCCAAAUGAUCCUUCAAGCCAGAAGCUUGGAUGAGCAUGGAAAGGGAAAACUCAACAAAUGGUUCAAUUUACACACCUUCAACUCGGACGACUUACGACUGGAAUUGCGGCUCUGGCGGUCCACAAUUGACUUGACGGCAGUACCGCCUAUGAUCGUAGAGACAUACUUGGAUUUGGGCAACCUUCCUCAAGGACAUACCCUUGCACUUAAGGAUGAACAUGGCAACUUGUGGCCGGUUACAAAAGGCGGUUCCAAAAAGACAGAGGUGGUUUUGGAGAGAUGGCUCGUUGAGUUUGAUCCCAAUGAGUUUGGAACCAUUGAAGAACUUCCCUAUAUCUACAAGCAGGCUAUUAUACUUUGCCGAAGCAUAUACACCAUUAUUCGCAUUAUGCCGGCUGCUCUGCUUCGGAACCAGCUGCCUCAUUAUGUGCUAGCGAACAAAAUAGUGGAUGGAAGCAAGCCCAUAAGUCUGAAGGGACGAAUUGGCCUUUCUAAAACCAUAAUACCGCACCAAAUGCUCACCGAUACCCAUGUACGGCACCGCACUUUUCUGCCCAUAGAGACGCUGUUGGGAACGCUCAAGGUGAGCGUGGCGUACCGUAGUCACUGUGAGUUCACGGAAUUGGCCGAGUGGGAUCAUAGAGAGCUCGGAAGAGAAAAAGAGCCGAGAGAAGACCUCAGGCAAGUAGAAAGCAAAGGUGAGGAGGAUCACAGUAUAGAGAGCAUCCCUUAUGAAGAAAAGGCGUACAAAACAGACGAAGAAAAAUCAGACAAAACACCAGAACAUGUCCAGUACAAGCCCUUCAAGCCGGAAUUCAAGCAGCUCGAAGCGGUCAAACUCGAAGGGUCCGAUUUCAAAUCAGAGCUUCAUGAAGGCACGUCGCCGCUUUCGCUUUCUGGCUCGCCUAGCUCACCUCCUAGAGACGACAAGAAACGGCCGUCCAUCCAACCCUUCAGAGUUGGUUCUAUUGGAAAUCUGCCGCCUCCCGCCAGCUCGUCGCUUGAACGUCGCAUCUCGAUCACCAGCAACAAAUCCACGUCGAACGCAUCGUUGGCAGCUGUUUUGCGGAACCCUCGAAGCAGUUUUUCCAUUCCUAUUGCCGGUUCGAUAGGUACAGGUGCGCCGGUCACCGGUGGAUUUCCUCGCUCUGUAUCUCUGUCUCAUGGUUACGGCUACGAGGACUCCGACAGUGCUGCCAAUACCCCCAGAUUUCUGUCGUCUUUUGGCUCUCGAGCCAGUCGAAGAUUUUCCAAUACUUCGGUGAGACACGGAAGUUUGCACGAUACCACUUCGCCGCUCGGAACCAGUGCUGGACUGGCUACUCUGAUCCCAUUGAGCGGUCUUUACAUUGACGAUGAUAUCAGUGAUUUUGUGAGAAUGAUCGACUCGAAGCAAGACUUACGCUUUGGUCACGACAGCGGCGGUCUGGGAUCUCAGCUGGGGUCUCAGUACGAAGUGCUUAACCGGUUCCACCAGCUCAAGAGCCAACACCAACAACUUGGAGAUAGUGUCAAUGCUAGCGUUAUGAUGCACCGCAAGUCUUCAUCUCCGCCUGGAUCUUACGAGUCUCACGUUCCGUCGAUUCACUCAAGACUCCGCGAGUCUUCUGAACCACAUCCUGCUCCUGCUACGGCACCAGCUCCAGGCCCGCUAAUCAAACCAGCUUCGAAAAUGAUGUCUUCGCCGGUAAUCUCGACAACUUCUGCCCAUGCAAUGUCUCAGACAGCAUCAGCAACUACACGCGAUGAAAUCGUGGGCUUGGCAACAACCCCAUCUACUUAUCGCAAGCACCUCCACUACGAAAAUGUGUUUGACGAUGACGACGAAGACGAAGAUCAUCAUGGGUACUUCAAGGCGAAAGCUCGGAGUAAGUCGCUUAGUAGAAGCCACUUUGACGACGACGAUGAUCUCUUGUUCACCAUGAGCGACACCAACCUCGCCAAACACUAG